GUGAGUUAGCGCACACCAGUCCGGUGUCGGCCGUCCUACGUCCCGGUGUUUCUGUUAGCUCGAAUUAAUAGUCGCGGUGGUUACGACGGAAGGAUUUACCGUUCGUAAAUUAGUCGUCAACGCAGAUGCGUCUUUAAGUCGUACCACAUGCAGAGAGCCAGUCUAAAGAAGUCUUCGGUAUUUUCGAUUCUCACUGCCUAAAUAAUUUCCGUCGGUUUCGGUGUGUUGUGGACUGUUCUGUACUUGGAUUAAUCAACUGGUGGUUUUAACUUAAUUUUACACAAUCGCAUUACAUUGGAUUAUCUACAAACUCUCAACCUGUAUCCUCCACUCUCGGUGCAAGGUUUUAGAAAAAACAACGUAUGAAUAAUCAGCCCAUUCUCUAGCACCAACUCUUCAAGAUGCUCGGGAGCAGUCCCCACCUCCUGCUCCUCCUCAUUCCUCUCGCCGGCAUGUCCUCGGCGGCCAAAAACAAAGCCCCGCGGAUGGACGAGACGGCGACGCAGCCUUUGCGCGUGAUGGAGGGAGACGACGCUCUGCUCACGUGCGUGGUCCGUGACGUCCUGGACAACACGGUCUUGUGGAAGCUGGAUGAUAGGGAACGCCAUAGCAAGCGAAUUCUCACCGCCGGUGAGAAUCGAGUCACCGCCGACACCCGCUUCGAUGUUCUCCAUGAUCCCGUAAAACCAAAGGACAAAAAAAUCAAAGGUAAUGACGUUUGGGUUUUGGCCAUAAAAAAUGUCUCCGUCAGUGACGCUGGCAUGUAUGUCUGUGAGGUCAACAGUGAACCAGUCGUUCGCUCGUUUCAUAAACUAAUUGUGCUGUCGGCGCAACUGCAGCCGCCGCCGAAGAAGAACGGGACGUCGAGCGCGGGCCCUGGAAGCUCGUCGGUCGAGUCGGUGGAUUCGUCGGAGGAGGAGGGCGACUACAGCGUGGAGGAGCCCUCGGGACCGGGUCUGGGGACCGGGACGAACGGGAAGAACCACAACUACACCGACUGCUGCGUCGCCGCCAACGUCACCCACUCCUGCCUCGGUUUCUGUAGCAUCCAGAGCAUCCUCGACGGCAACACUGGACAAGACCCCGAAAACUGCGAGGCGGACUUCCCCACCAUCGUCAAGUGCAUGGCAGACGGACGGAAUCACGUGCCGUGCUGCAUGAAGGAGGGCGUGCCGGACAUCUGCCAAGACGUCUGCCGGGGCGAGUACACCGUCAUCACGGACAACAUCAAGACCCACUUCUCCUGCUCCUCUUACACCGAGCAAACUCUCGCCUGCAUCAGUCGAGGAAUAGAGCUGCUACCCGGAUCUCCCCUGGAAGUAUCGGUGGAUCCGUUGACGGACAGUUCUGUCGACGUUCUGUGGAAGGCUCCCCAGUCCAACGGCCGCACCGUUAUCCAGUAUCUAGUCAACAUCACGAUGCUCAAGUCUUUCGACAACCGCUACGAUGACGUCAGCAGGGCCAUGACCCGGGUCAACGGCUCCGCCGCCACACCUGCACCCACCGCCACCCUUGCACACAGCGUUCUAGUCAAGGUGAACAAAACUGACACGUCGGUGACGGUCCACGAUCUGGUGCCCUACACGAUGUACGAGGUCACAGUGACGGCCAAGAACAUCCACGGAACAAGUCUGCCCUCGUACGCGGUGCGAUUCUUGACGCUGAGCGCCGGAACCGUCAAGAACAAGACCGCUGUCAAAACGCCCGAACUCCCGGACAUCAAAUCUUGUUGCUUCAAUGCCGGCGUCCGUCACAAGGCGUGCCUAGACAAGCUGUGCGACCCAUCGGAAUCAGGAACAGCGGAGGUGACGGACCUGAUGAUCUGCGCGCCGUGGGCUUCAGCCACGUUCGGGUGCAUGGCCAACGGGAUCGACCACAGACCCUGCUGCAGGGCCAGGGGCCUCCCCCCUCAGUGCCAACAGCUCUGUUCUGGCAACCUCACUCAGAUCGAUUUCAGUUUCUUCAAGUGCCUGAAAUACAUGGGAGAUUACACGAGCUGCUUAAUGCAGGGCUACGGGGUCUUGCCCUCGUCCCCGCAAAGGGUCAAGGUCUCCAACGUCGACACGUCAUUUGCCAUCGUCUCAUGGAACCCGCCCAAGAAACUCUCCGAGACCGUCAAACAUUACAACGUCUACUACGGCAAGGUCGAUGAGGACUACGAAGUUGCUACAAAGACUCAGUCUCCGUUUGUCCUCGAUGGUUUGGAGAGCGAAACUUUGUACGAGGUCUUUGUCAUGGCUGUGAACGAGCAUGGAGAAGGCAACCCCUCCGACAGAGUGGUCUUCAUGACUCUAAGCAAGGUGGAAGAAGACAAAAUCGAAGAAUCAGCAACAGCGUACAACAUAACCUCUUGUUGUGUGGAAGCUGGCCUGAAUGAAGUGUGCAUGCCUCUGUGUUCGUAUGAUGCAAGUAUGUCCAGCCUCAAAGCUCUAGCCAGCGAGUGCGGCCCUGAACUGUCUAAAUUGCUCCGCUGUGGUGCCGGAGGCAGAAACCAUGGCAGUUGCUGUGCGAGGAGAGGAGUUCCCGCAGCGUGUUUACCUCUUUGCUCCGGAGUGAUAAUAGAAUCAAUGAUCGUCACUGCCACAACGUGUGUUAGAUAUUUGGGCAACAUCGUCCAGUGUUUUGAAGAAGGGACUGGCAAGAUUCCUGGCCCAGUAGUGGAUUUGCAUGCAACCAAAAUAACAAACAGCUCUGUCACACUGCAAUGGGAGGUCCCGAUAGAAGGAAGCAAUUACACGGACUUUGUGGUUCAUUGUCAAAGAGUUGAUAACACCUCAACUUACGAAACUGUUCUGAAACUGGAAAGACAAAUUUCAACCACGAAUACAUCAAUCGAAAUCAAGAGUUUAGAAAAGGGCCAGCUUUAUAAUAUAUUUGUUAUAUCAAGAAACCAGCAUGGUACAUCGUUGCCAUCUUCUGUAUUGCUUAUUAAUGCAACCAAUCAAGAUCUGAACAAAGAGGGUCAACCUGGCGUAACGUCUCCGCCUCAUUCUCUUGCCGUAUCUGGACAUAGCGCAAACUCAGUUACCAUCACUUGGCAGCCACCUGAGCUGUCACAUCCAUCAGAACAGCUUUUGUAUAGGCUUUACUGGAAAGAACAUUCUGAGAGCAAAUUUAAGGUCUUUGAAACAAGUGUCACUUAUCACAUGAUGGAUAACUUGACGCCGAACACUCAAUACAUAGCUUAUAUAAUUGCUGUCUCAAAGAAAGGACCAAGUUUACCCUCUGAAACUUUGCUUGCAUGGACAGAUCCUGCAUCACCCGCAUUUGUUGAGCCACCGAUUGUGCACCCAGUCAAUCUAGUCAUGGAGGGUAGCAGUAUGAACAUUCUUUGUAUUGCAAUGGGUAACCCAAUGCCAACGACCUCAUUGUACAUCUCAGGGCGAUUAGUGCGGCAACAAAACACCAGGCACAUGGUCACUGUGAUCCACAAUGUUACACGGGAUAUGGAUCACAUUUCUUGCUAUGCCGAUAAUGGCUACGGUAUUCCGAUGCAGGCUUCAAGAAAAAUCACCAUUAGCCAUGCUCCAGAAAUUACAGCAUCAGGCAUCACCAUGGCUGCACUUGGCGAAGAAGUCGUACUUCAAUGUAUUGUGGAAGCUUAUCCGGAACCGAAAAUGAUGUUCUGGCGAGAUCCAAAGGGCAGAGUUCCUGUUAUUCUGAGCGGAAAGUAUGAAAUCAGCACACAGGCGGUGAAAGAUGAGGAAACCAAGUACAGUAUGAAACUAACCAUCAACAAAUUGUUGGAAAAAGAUGAAGGUGAUUACUUCUGCCAUGCUGAAAACGCAUUUGGUGCUUCAACACAACCUGUCUCAGUUCGAAUUCGUAAUGUUGCUGCAUCAAGCAAUGUUACACAGUGUUGCAUUGAGCAAAAUGUCACAUCGAACUGUAUGGAUGCUUGCUCAUACUUCCUUGACAUUGAAGCUGUCGCCAGUAAACCAGAGUGCUUGAACGAGUUCGAUAAACUCAUGAAAUGUGCAGCAGAUGGUUCAGAUCAUCGCAGUUGCUGCGCCCAAAACAGUGUUCCAAGGAGAUGCUUGGAUUGGUGCCGAGGAGAGCCAAUCCUCAAUAACAAAGUCUGUGUACUGUCCUACACCAAGCAAAUUAUGACUUGUUUCCACGAGGAACGAGAGAAACUACCAGGACCUCCUCAAAAUGUUCGUGUGAACGUGAUCGAUUCUCAUACAAUUCUAGUCAAAUGGGAUCUUCCUACCAAGAACCCUCACACUGUAGAAAUUUACAGGGUAUUUUACAAACAAGUUGGUAAUCGCAAUCCACUAAAAGUUGAUACCAAAGACACCGAAGUGCAGCUCAAAGACUUGAAAGACGGUAUUCAGUACGAGGCUGUUGUCAAAGCGGGCAACCAGUUUGGAACAUCAGCCCUUUCAGAGACUGUGCGCUUCACCACCAGUGAUAAAUACAUCACUUCUUCGUCAUCUUUAGAAGAUGGUCAUAAUAUGGGCACAACAUUUGGCGUAAUAACAGCUUUACUAAUAGUCGGUGCACUUAUCGGAGGUGCUGUUUGGUUUGCACGGUCUAGAAAUUUACUUGGACAUAAAUUUGGACCCAAUGGUGUUGCUUUUGAAAACCCAAGUUACCUCCGUGAAGUCAAUAUGGAUAAUAUUCAGUCAAGUCAAGGAGGUGACAAUCACAUUAGUUCAAAUGGGACUCUGAACACACCGAAUUGGAAGAACGAACAACUGCACGUGCCUUCGAUGGCGACAGAAGUUCCUCCAACUCUUUACGAAGAAUUGAAACUCGGCAGUGAAGGAGCCGGCUUUAAAAGACUGAAACCGUAAACUUGAAAAAUAGUAAUGCUGUGAUUGAGGACAAAAGCUCUGCUCGAUGAUGUUGACAGAUGUCAGAGCUGCAGUCAGCUAAGACCGGGUAGAAUGCCCCUGCUCAUCUGGAAUGUAAUUUGGUGCAAACGAGUCAAAAAUUGUACCCACCCUCCAGAAAUUCAGUCAAAAUCAUACCUCAAUGUUGGUGUGAAGAUAAUGUAUUUCUGCAAAUUUUGACAAAAGGGGGAAAUGAGUCUUGAUGUUCUUCAAAAACAAAAUGCUUCCGUUUAAAAAAUCUCAGCUGAACUUUCUCAAAAAUGUCCCAUUAUUGAAGAAUGAGCCACUUAUUUCCUCAUUGAAAAGAAGUAUACCAGAAACUAAUAAAAAAAAUAGGCAUAUCAAAAUCCGAAUCUUUAGAGCUCAGAUUUUAGUAGUCUCUCUGAGAACUACCACAAGUUUGAAAAGAAGUAUGUGUUGAUGAAUGAAAGUAUUGUGAAUUGUGAGUUGGCUUGAAAAUUUAUUUUUUACUUUGAUCAAGCAACAAAUUUUAAAUAUCUUGAUAGACACGCUGGGAUUAAGUGUCUAAAACUGACUUGGAAGAAAUUUGUGUUGGUGAAUAUAAUUUGAAAGGAUUUGUAAUUUUACUUCAACAAAAAAAAUUCUUUAUUUUUACAAAACAAUUUUUACGUUUUUCUUAGAAAAUUUUCCAAGACAGCAAUAUUUUAUACUUUAAUGGUGAAACUCCAAGUACAUACAGAUUCCUGUUGUAUGCAACUUCUCUGUUGCUCUCUUUGAUCAGUGUAGAUACGUAGCUUUGAUCCUCAAUUAAAAACCAUCUAUGGGUGAGAGAGCAGCUAUGGAAGUUUAUUGCAUCUGCAACAAUUUUUUGCUUAAUUUGAUGGGUCUCAAUGCUGUGGUGCAUUUAUAGUGUUUCCUAAAGUCUAGGAAGAGGUUAAUGGCGAAUUUUCAAGUGACCAAUGAGAUUUAAGGGGGCUUAUCAAUGUGAGGAUACUUCCCACUUUUCAAGUGUAUGAGUUUUGGGUACUUUUUGACAUAAUUGUUAAUGUCAAGCAUCCAUUUUAUCCAAUUACUUUUGUCGGUAUUAAUUGGUUUAGAACGAUAUUUUCAACAGUUGAGGAAUAGAAAAUUGGUCAGGGCAAGUGAUAUAAAAGUUUGAACUGUCUACAGAAGCGACUAAGAUAGAGUCUGCGUUCCAAGAGACAGUUCAUUCAUUCCGUCAAAAUACAUGAGAGGCGUUAAUGCUCUUUGUCAAUGUAGAAUAGUCCAAGAAGUUGUUUCCCCCUUCUCUACCAAAAACAUAUUGUUCAUUAAAGCAAACCCGGAGACUUAUUCUAUAUCGAUAAAGGAUUGGAAAUUUGUAGGUUUUCGGCUAGUUUUAACUUUAAUUCAGAUCUGUCUCUAUUAUGUUUUGUUGAGUCAAAGUGAUGGAUCUCAUGAAUCUCUUAAUCAUACCCUGACCUAAAGAGGUUGCUAAGAUGAAUAUUAAGUGUAUUGAAGAACACUAUUAAUUUCUGAACAGUAAUGGGUCACUUGUCAAGCGUAGUAGAACAAAACAUCACAUGUCCUCUCUUCAAAAUCUACGCAGAAAACGAUUCACACAGUGAGAAGUUUUGAAAUCAAUUCCUAAACGAGAUAUUUACAGUAUUUUCAACACAAAUCAAAUGGAACGCAAAUUGGACUACAUUUUGCAAUUUGGAACUAUACAUUCUAGCCUGGUUUACAAACGACGUAUGUGCCAUUAGUUUCCCUAUGCACAUAGGUGUUUUUUCAGAUGAGUUAGAAUUUAUAGCUCCAAAUUGCAAAAUGCAGUCCAAUUAUACCUAUGACAUCAUUUGUAUUUUUGGUAAUUAACCAGUGUUAAUUGAAUACACUUAUAUCUUGUGUUGGAGUAGAUUUCCAGAUUUCCCCUCGAAUGACUCGUUUUCCUAGUAAAAUCUUGAAGCGGAAACAUGUUGCGCAGUGCUUUAGUUUAUACCUUGCUCAGUGGUCCAUUACUUAUUUAGAAAUUUAAUUUACAGAACGAAUUUUGAUUUAUUCCCAUUUGCUUUCCAUUUCUUAACUCAGUAAUUUUUGCACUCCCAUUCAUUGUAGAAUCUCAUAUUUCUGUUAUCUAUUUCACCUGAAAAAAUAUGAAUUAAAUUUUUGGAUUCUACAUAUUCCAAGAAAUAUCCUAGAUUUUAGGAUACAGUUCUAACUAACGUAGGAAACAUUGCGGAACUUUGAUGGUGUCUCUAUUUUGAUUGAUGUUCUUUUUUUUUUAAGUCUCUCUCCUAGAGAAGUUCAAUAUUUUUUCUUUUUCCUUUCUGUCAAGAUUGUUUUUUUAUUGAAACUUAAUGAAGGUAUACACAUGGAGAAAUAGUGCUGUAUUCUCCCUUGGCAUUUUGUCAGAUGAUGUAGUAAUUUUUCAUCAUCAAAAUGUAUCUGUGACUGGACUCGGUAUUUUAAGUAACACCAGAAAACUCUCAGUUUAUAGUCUUAAAGUGCCGAGUUCACUUGUGGAACCGAUAUUAAUCACAUCAAAUUUAUUUAGGUCGCAAAAUCACUGCAUUAGGUUAACCUUUGAGAUUAAUUAUUUUAAGUGCUCACCCCCAAGCAGUGGUAACUCCUGGGAUUUAAAACUCUAGGCAUCUCUUGUUUGACUAUGUUUUUGACUAUGUUUUCCCAACGCAAUGCCAAACAACAGAAAUGACUUGAAUAUAUCAUUAAUUUUGACCUUUUUAUACGAAGAGUUAGCCCAUGAACGAUUCUAAUAUCAUCUGAAAUCUUAGUACCUCAUUUUGAUUUUGUGAGGCGUAACUUUUUAUGUGUCAGUAAUCAUGGGAGGCAAUCAUGCUUUGUAUUCGAGAUUUCAAUUGUAAAAAGACAGGUUGCACUACCAAAAAAUCAUUGCAUACCUGUAAUUUUUUUCGUAUUUAUGGUGAGACCAAAAAACAGGUAUGCAGCUUAGAAGUGAUCCUCCUGUCUUUCUCUCUAUUUUAAGUAUCAACAAAACACAAUUGAUCAUUCAACUUUGCUUAAUUUUCCUCGCCUCUCUGGAAAUAUACCAGAAGAAUUUGUUCAAAAUUAUCAGUUCAUCGCUCUUAAAAAAUUUCGAAACACUCUAAUCGAGUAAUGGAGUUUUUUAUUUUCACCAUCCUGACGAAUUUUUAUUUGCCGAUCCCUUACUAAGGAUCCUAAAAGAUCUCCAACAACUGGUUUUCCUCCCUUCUUUAAUUUUGAAAAGUUCAUAUCUAAUUCUUUUUGGUUUAGCUGAAAUACUUGCAAUUGUUGAGUUUUUGUUGUAGUUGUUUUGGUUCCUCUUCUGCAUAAAGAAAUCAUAGUCAAUGAUUGAAACCUAAGUUCAUCAGGAGUAGUUGCUGCUGAGGGUUGACUUGACAUACACCAUCAAAUUAUCUGGUAGUAUCUCUCAUGAGCUUCAUGCAGAGUGAUCCGUCCGCAUAUUUUCACUCAAAGUUACAAAUAUGCACUUUCAUAAGAUGGGUCGUUAUUUUAGUGAUAAUUACUAGUAGCCGUAAGUUUUUCUUGUAAAAGUUUAUAUUUGUUGAGUAACUAACUAGAGUUAGUUUUAGUGUACAAUAUAAAUAUUGUAAAUAAGCUGUCAACCAAUUUUCUAUUUAUUUAUUUGUUUGUUGUUUUCUAUGAUUUGUCUAGGUUUAUCUUAGUUGUACAUAGCUGUGUAAUUCAUGUCUGCUGAGUAGGUCCGUUACGUUCUUAGACCUCUAAGAGAGUGUUAUUUUUCUAUUUUAAAUCGAAGCUGUUACGUUUAUUUAUUUGUUUAUUUUUUCUUUUGAUUUUAAGGUCAAACGAAAUUGGUCUGAGAGCUGGUUGGUUAGUCAGGUUUGUCACUUAAAUGUAGUGUCAAGUAGAUUGGAGUUCAAAUGGAACCAAAAGUUGCAUAAAAGUUACGUGGGGUUGUUUUACAGACCGAGUCCUCUCGUUCUUCUUAAGAGUAGGUUUAGGGCGUAAACAAAUUUAAUGAGCUUAUUGCUAUUCUAUGUUGCAUCAUCAAAGCCACUGAAUCAAAGAUUCAAUAAGGCUUCAAGUAGUUGGAGUUCAUUGCAAUGAAAAGAGAUCGUUACGAUCAGUACACUGAGGAUUAGCAUGAAUUUUAUCUGCGAUCAAAAAUCAUUUGAAUCAAAUUUUUAUCAGUGGCGAUACCGUGAAUUGAACAAAGACUAGUUACACAAUACAUCGCUUGAUUCUUAAGGAUUGGCUUUCAUGCUACAUUUUGUUUGUCAACGGUUCAUAUCUAUGAAUUCUAUGUGUUUCUUAUCCUGAAAAUUGAUGAGUCAAAUCCAGAUAUGUUUAGAAAGUGGCUAUACUUUUUUUUCUUUCAUUGACGUAACAGGAAAAUCUUAAUUUUCAUUGUUAAAUAUUAAUUCACUGAACAAAUGAUAAAAGUUUACCCCCUAAACAAAGUGGUAGAAUGGUAGCAAUCUAAUGUUUUACUUGCGUUUACGGUGCAUCAAACAUCUUCCCUAGCAUUUUUUCAAAGUAUCUUAAUUUCAUUGAAGAAAACCAAAAAAUCACUUCAUUUAAAAUCCGUGUUACAGCUCAUAUGAGUUGUGGAGAUUGAAUAUUGAGCCAUUCAUCACAUUCCAUGUAAAAUUCUUCUCAAACAGUUGUUUGAGUUUUGAUUUAUUCCUUCCUACUUGAGUCAGCACUUCGAAACCAAACUUAAUCUACAUUCAAAGUGCACUGACAGAACCGAAGCUUCCAUGUCUGGAAUUGGCUAAUUGUUUUAUGUACAGUCUAAAGAGCUCAUAUUUUUGUACUUUAUGGUCUAUGUACAGCCCUCUCAAAAGCAAACAUGUUCAAAUUCUAUCAUCAGAAGAGUAAAAUAAAAAAAAAUGUAAUAUUAAAUGUA